GCUGGAUCGUCUGCUGGUGGCCGGAUUCCCUGCUAAACACUUACCAUUUUGGAGUUUAAAGUAUGUCAUCAUGGCAAAAUUUCGAAGAAGGACUUGCAUCAUUUUGUCACUUUUUAUUCUGUUUAUUUUCUCCCUGAUGAUGGGUUUAAAAAUGCUGAGACCAAAUAAAGCUACUUUUGGAGAUCCUUUUGGACUUGAACUUCUUCCAGAACUUCAUCAACAAACUCACUUAGGGAAAAACCUUGAUUCCCAAACAAGUAUCAAGAAUUUAAAAAGUGUCGAAAUCACUCUGAAACCUUCCAAAGCCUCUGAACCUUACGUGGAAGAGCUGCGACCUCUGAAUUAUUAUUUGCAUGUCUUUUAUUACAGUUGGUAUGGAAAUCCGCAAUUUGAUGGUAAAUAUAUACAUUGGAACCAUCCAAUCCUGAAGCAUUGGGACCCUAGAAUAACCAAGAAUUAUCCACAAGGGAAACAUAAUCCCCCGGAUGACAUUGGCUCCAGCUUUUACCCUGAGUUGGGAAUUUACAGCUCUCGGGAUCCUUCUGUCAUUGAAACUCACAUGAAACAAAUGUACUCAGCUUCAAUUGGUGUACUAGCCCUAUCUUGGUACCCACCUGGUACAAAUGAUGAAAAUGGAGAAAAUACUGAUGAUUUGGUACCAACUAUUUUGGAUAAAGCUCAUAAAUAUAAUCUGAAGGUCACUUUUCACAUCGAGCCAUAUAGCAAUCGGGAUGAUCAAAGCAUGUACAAAAAUGUCAAAUAUAUUAUAGACAAGUAUGGAAAUCAUCCAGCCUUUUAUAGGUACAAGACUAAGACUGGCAAUGCCCUUCCUAUGUUUUAUAUCUAUGAUUCCUAUAUCACAAAGCCUGAAAAAUGGGCCAAUCUGUUAACCACCACAGGGUCUCAAAGCAUUCGCAACUCUCCUUAUGAUGGACUGUUCAUUGCACUUCUAGUAGAAAGCAAACAUAGGUAUGAUAUUCUACAAGGUGGUUUUGAUGGAAUUUACACAUAUUUUGCCACAAACGGCUUUACUUACGGCUCAUCCUAUGAGAACUGGGCAGGGCUAAAAUUUUUUUGUGAUCAGUUCAACCUACUGUUUAUCCCAAGUGUGGGCCCAGGAUACAUAGACACCAGCAUCCGUCCGUGGAACGCUCAAAAUACUCGGAACCGAAUCAGCGGGAAGUACUAUGAAACUGCCCUGGGUGCCGCACUCCAUGCCCACCCCAGUGUAAUUUCCAUCACCUCUUUUAAUGAGUGGCACGAAGGAACUCAGAUUGAAAAAGCUGUUCCCAAAAGAACCAGUAAUACAGUAUACCUAGAUUACCGACCUCAUAAACCUAGUCUUUAUCUAGAACUAACUCGCAAGUGGUCUGAAAAAUACAGUAAGGAAAGAGCUGCUUAUGCCUUCGAUCAUGAGCUGCCUCUUUCUUAAUGCAUUUAUAAUUCUAGAAAUCAAUAAAUAUUUUAGGAAUAACUGUCAAUCAGUAUACACUGAUACACUUAAUAAAAAGAAUUUGUUCUUUUUUAAAAAUGGUAAUGUCAUCAUUGCCACCCUUCACAAUGCUGCACUGAAAAAAUGAGAGAAAAGUGCACAAUGUUCUGAAUUUGCAGUUGAAAUUCUACUUUGAUACUUUCAUUUCACAGUAAAUGCUUGUGUUACAUAAUUAGUGCACAGUUACAUCAAACUU